GAUUGUCUUCAUGAGCUCAGCAUUCGCCACACGCGAGCGAGCCUCGCAGCCCGAUGAUGGACCCCGCAGCUGCGGUGCAGGCCUGCGAGCGCGAGGUCGUCGCACUGCACGAGUUCUUCGUGGCGUGGUUUGCGGGGCGGCUGCAUGACGCCGCCUUCGACGAGUUCUUGCAGCGGUUCUCCGACGACUUCGAGAUGGUGACGCCAGACGGCACCAAGGUGGACAAGGCCAGGCUCGGCGGCAUGCGCGGCGCAAAAGGCUCGAACGGCGCGUGGCAGAUCCACAUCCACGUGCGGCUCAGCGCGGUGCCCCGCUCCGGCGGCAGGUACGUGACCGGCACCUACCUCGAGCUGCAGCAGGGCGCGGGGCACGGGAGCAGCGCCGGGGCCGACAGGUCGACGAACGGGCGCAUCUCGACGCCGCUGCUGGAGCUGGACGCGGGCGUGCGGCCGCACGGCGUGCGCUGGCUGCGACUGGCCGAGACCUGGCUGCCGGAGGAGCAGCUGGCAGCGUUCGAUUUUGGCGCGGCCGCGGCGGCGGCGGCGCGGGGCGGAGACGCCGCAGAGCAGGCGUCCGAGGCCUCCGAGCGCGCAUAGCUCUGCGGGCACCUCGGCGGACGAAGGUUGGCGCAAAAGCAGGCCCUCCGCCAUGGGGGGCGGAGGAACGGACACGACAGCCUCU